CUGAAGACACCUUCCGGGUCCCUUAACCCGGCUAAGUCCAAGCUGCCAUGAAGUGAAUAAACACCGAGAGGUUUUGUUUGUCCCCAUCACCACCCCCGAAUCCCUAGCAGCCAGUCCGUGCUACCUCGAUACCCUCGACUGCGUUCGGACGCCAAGACUGGGCGGGGCCCCGAGCUUCGGAGCCCUUCCUGUGGACGACGAAAGCUGAGGCCGCGCGCGGGAAGGCGGUGGCCUCGGGGACAACGCGGCCGGUGCUUGGGGCCGGGAGGCCCCAUGGCGCCGCCCCCAGCCCCGCUUCUGGCGCUGAGACCGGGGGAGACUGGGCCUGGUUACAAGAAGCCCGGGGCCGUGAGCUUCGCGGACGUGGCCGUGUACUUCUCCCCGGAGGAGUGGGGCUGUCUGCGGCCCGCGCAGAGGGCCCUAUACCGGGACGUGAUGCGGGAGACCUACGGCCACCUGGGCGCGCUCGGGUUCCGAGGCACCAAGCCAGCUCUCAUCUCCUGGGUGGAGGAAGAGGCCGACCUGUGGGGCCCGGAUGCCCAGGAUCCGGAGGUGGGAGAGUGUCUGACAGAAGCAGACGCAGCAGAUACCAGAAACAAGGAAGAGAAAAGACAAAGAGAAGGGACGGAGGCCCUGGAGAAGAGCCUUUCUGUGGAAGCUCGGCGUCCUGGGCUGAAGGCCCUGACACACCCUUCUGCUGGGCUCCCUUGUAGCUUGGAGCAGCCGUCGAAGGCACCUCGCCGGGGUCGCCCCCCACUCUGUGCCCAUCCCCCUGUCCCAAGAGCCGACCGGCGUCAUGGUUGCUAUGUGUGCGGGAAGAGUUUUGCCUGGCGCUCCACCCUCGUGGAGCACACGUACACCCACACGGGUGAGAAGCCCUUCCGUUGCCCUGACUGUGGCAAGGGCUUCAGCCAGGCCUCCUCUCUGAGCAAGCACCGGGCCAUCCACCGUGGGGAGCGGCCGCACCGCUGCCUGGACUGUGGUCGGGCCUUCACCCAGCGCUCUGCCCUCACCACCCACCUACGGGUCCACACGGGCGAGAAGCCCUACUGCUGUGCUGACUGUGGCCGCUGCUUUAGCCAGAGCUCUGCCCUCUACCAGCACCAGCGGGUCCACAGUGGCGAGACUCCCUUCCCCUGCCCGGACUGCGGCCGCGCCUUUGCCCACGCGUCAGACCUUCGGCGCCACAUACGCACCCAUACGGGCGAGAAGCCCUACCCAUGCCCAGACUGUGGGCGCUGUUUCCGACAGAGCUCUGAAAUGGCAGCCCAUCGGCGUACCCACAGCGGUGAACGCCCCUACCCCUGUCCUCAGUGUGGCAGGUGCUUUGGCCAGAAGUCAGCCAUGGCCAAGCACCAGUGGGUCCAUAGGCCUGGUGCCGGGGGACACAGGGGCCGGAGUGCCAGUGCAUUACCUGUGCCUCUGGCCCCUGGCCAAGGGGACCUGGACCCACCUGUGGGCUUCCAGCACUACCCAGAAAUAUUCCAGGAGUGUGGGUGAUGGUCUCAGAGAUGUCAAGGCAAAGGGUGAAGAUCUAGACAUUGCCCGAGGCCCAGGUUGGGCUCAGGUGCCUGAACAUCUGUGGCAGCUCCAGGGAGGUCACAGAAGUCCAGGCAAGAGGGGGACCUGGGGGAUGAGGACCCUCUUAUCUUAGUCCUUCACGAGCUUCAUCUGCUGACACCUUGCUCCCUACUGUCCCAGACUCUAGAAGCCCCCUCUGCUCCGUUAGGGCUGAGGUAGGCUCCUGCACAUGAUCUCCCCUGUGGGGGAAGACGAGGCUGUUUCUCCGCUUAGACAUGCUAAGAGGAUUGGGGUAGAAGGGAAGUUUGCUGUAUCCACUGUCUUUACUGCAGGAGUUAAAAACGGACAGCCAUGUACUCAAUCUGGCUCCUAGCAACCUUUUACAAAUUAUUUUUGGUCCAGCCAGCAUUUAAAAAUGUUACAAAUCGUGGUUAAGACUUUAAAGGAUGUUUCACACAAAAA